AAACCAUAGACAGUUAACAAACUGAAAUGAAAAUGUCCGUCUAAUGAUACGUUUUAUCUUUAUUUUGUGACUAUAAUAAUCGUGGCUUGCAAUGUUGAAUAUUUUCUUUGGGAGCGUAUAGAAUCUUAAAGUUUUAUAAUAUCAUCAAAAUGAUUGUCCAAGAACCUAUACAGGUUAUCAUUUGGGAUUGUUUGAACAAUUAUGAAUAUGACAACGCUAUAUUCUUGGCCGAAAGACUACAUGCUGAAGUUGGAUCAGAGGAGACAGCUUUCCUUUUGGGAACAUGCUACUACAGAUGUGCGCGGCUCAACGAGGCUCACCACUUGCUACAAAAUAUACCACUGACCAUACCCCAGGCGAGGUUCCUACUAGCCAAGUGUUCUAUAGAAUUGAAAAAUUACAAAGAUGCAGAAGUGGUAUUGGGAUCCAACAUUGAGAUUGUGGCUUCUGAAUUUGGGGAACAGGCUCCAUAUGCACUGCAACUUCUUGCCCACAUCUUCAAUAUCACAGAGAGGAGAAGUAAAGCCACAGAUGCACUCCGGAAGGCUCUGUCACUCAAUCCAUUCAUGUGGAGCUCUUUUGUGGAUUUGUGUAAUUUAGGUGAGAAAGUAGAUCCACAUCAAGUAUUCCAAAUGAAUAACACUGACUUUUCAUUUGGUGUGACCACAUUUGUGAAUCUAGUCAACAAUUCUGAAAAUAUUUCAUUUGUUAAUAGCAACAUUCCUAAUAAUACUAGUAUCAGUAUGAAUGCUAAUGUGACUCCAAUGAAUAACGUGGCCCCUCGGAGUCCAAUGACCAUGUCCACCAGCAUCACACCUGAGACGCAGGCCCCUGUGAAACGCAUGCACAGUGUCUUUAGUGGACUAGCACCAAUACAAUUUUCCCCCUCUUUUGGAAUGUUACCAAUGGAAGAAUCUCCUGUUUUGUAUACUCCCACACUCACUGACUCAAAUGAGCAAAAAGCCAUACCUAAAAUAGUAAACUCCUUAAGAGCACAAAUGGGGCAACUAAAAGAUGCAGUAUUCAGUCCUACACCUAGAUGUACUUUGGGCCCGGCACCUCGGCGGUCUUCAAGGCUAUUCAGCAACAACAGUAGUUAUUCAGUCAAAGAGAAUAAUAAGUCACCAAGCAGAAAGUUUGUAGCUCCUAAAAGUCCAUCAAGAAAAAAUAAGCAGCGGACUGCUAAAAGCAACAUCAAAGCAAAUGCUGUUGAAACAAAUGAGAAGUCAAAAUCUAUAGAAACUGUAACACCCACUCUUACGCCAAAGAGCUCUAAUGGAGUAGCAUUAUUAAAUUUAAUGAGAGAGUUAGGAGAUGCUUACAAGGCAUUAGCAUUCUUAGAUUGUAAAAAUGCCAUCAAACUAUUUCAAGAUAUACCUGCUAAACAGUUAGCAUCACCAUGGGUUCAAACUAUGAUUGCACGGGCACAUUAUGAGAUGGCUCAGUAUGAAGCUGCAGCAAAAGUAUUUGCAGAAAUAAGGAAAAUGCAUCCUUGUCGGACUGAAGGAAUGGAUAUUUAUAGUACUUGCCUGUGGCACUUGCAGCGUGAAGCGCAGUUGUCUGCAUUGGCUCAAGAGUUAGUAGAAAUGGAUAGGAGUGAUCCUAUCGCCUGGUUGGUAUCUGGCAACUGUUUCUCUCUCCAUAAAGAACGAGAAACUGCUCUUAAAUUCUUUAAAAGAGCUGUUCAAAUGGAUCCCUAUGCAUCUUAUGCCCAUGCUUUAUUAGGACAUGAGUAUGCAGUAGCGGAGGAAACAGAUAAAGCACUUGCUAGCUUUAGAACUGCAGUCAGUAUUGAUCCCCGUAAUUAUGUAGCAUGGUUUGGUAUAGCGACAGUCUAUGCGCGGCAAGAGCGUUGGAAAGCGUCGGAAGUUCACAUACGGCGUGCACUGACCAUUCAUCCCCACUCGGGAGUCUUAAGAUGUCAACUUGGGCUUGCUCAGGCAGCUUUAGGUAAAAUGGACAGAGCCCUCUCAACACUAGAGCGGGCCGUACAACUGGACACAGAGAACCCCCUUUGCAGGUUCCACAGAGCAUCGGUCUUGCUGCGCGCUGGAAGACCGCAAGACGCAUUGUCAGAUCUACAUCACUUAAAGGACAUAGCUCCAAGAGAAUCAUUAGUAUAUUAUUUACUUGGCAAGGUUCAUAACGAGCUUGGCAACAAGCACUUAGCACUUAUGCAUUUCAGCUGGGCGACAGAUUUAGACCCGAAAGGCACAGGAGGCCACAUCAAAGAAGGCUUUGAUCCAUCAAAACAGGAGGACCCACCAGAGAGAUCAACUUAGUUCUCUGCUGAUAAUGAACGCCGAUGACAGGCAGUAAGCGCCGUGGGCGCGCCGCGUUGACUGAUUCAUGUAAAUAUCGCGCUCACCAUUCGAGCUCUUAUCGACACCAAAUCUUCCAAAUAUAGCUUUAUGGAGCUCGAUAGGUGUGUGGUGGCAUUUAGCUGCUAUAGUAGUAAGGGCGUAUCUGGAUUUGUUUAUAUGUAUAGAAUAAGUUGUGGAUAUUCCUAAUGUCAUCCUAGAUUAUGUAACUUGUAUAUCAAAUUGAACUCCUAAACUAUGCAUAGAAUUUAUAAAUGAUGCUUUUGUAAGAUCGAGAGACUCAGGGCUUUGAUCUCAAAUGAAGUUAAUUCGACGCUGUAUGAAAAGGUAAUGAUGAUGCAAAUAUAUUAUAUUUAUUAAUGCCAUAAAAAUUCGUGAUACUGUUAAGCGAGUGCUACAACUAUGUUGUUGGGGGUUUGUGUAUCUUCUUUUGUACAAAGGCAGAGUGGGGUGAUACCACGCCCGUGUUUCACCAACUGACAAUUGUCUGUUAUUGACAAUUUCCCAUGCUGGUCCAGCAAGUAAACAUCGAUAUAUACCGUCGUCACUUACAGACCUAGAAAUGUACAGGAAAAUGUUAGUGACCAGACACUGUGAAGUUUGUGAAAUGAGGCCAGCUCAUGUAGUUUGUAGAAAUUCUUAUGUCGAGAACCGCUGGCGGUGUUCCAAUGUAUGUCUGAUGCAGAUAAUUACGCUCUUAACUAUAAGUAUUUAUAAUCUGAACUAUUUGAGCUAUGCAUGUGGACAUUAUUGCCACGUGAAGGUGUCAAUCUCGCUGGGAACCCCAUUUUCUGUUCUGCUCAAUAUCUAAACUAGUAGCUGGGGAGCCGACGAUGCUAAAUGUGUAGUUACUCAAGCGUCGUAGAGACCUAUUGGAUUGGAAAGAAAAAAAUGUUGUGUUUGUGAUAGGAAUAAAAAAGGUUGUAUAAUAAUUUCUCUUUAGCGAGUAGACUACAGAUUUUUUUAAAUGUAAAAAAAAAAUCGCCAUGUGCAGUUAUUCGAGCGCGUGUGAUAUUGGUAGUGUCAAUCGCGCCACAUGUCUCUGAAAACAAGGACAUGUUAAUCUGCUAUUUUGGUUUACAUAGUCAGGGUAGAAAAUUAGAAAAAAAAAUACUCGAAUGUGUCAGAUAUUCAAAGGGGAUGUUAAGUGGACCACACAACAGUGUUUAUUUCAAUAAUCUGACGAUUUCAGCUAUCCGUAUGCAAAUUGCAAAACAAAACGGCCAUUUUGAAAUACUCGAGCGUGUCAGAUUAUUAUACAGAAAGGUUCAGAUUAAUGUCCCAGCAGUAUCCUUAUUCUGACGAUUUAAAAAAAUCUGUAUGAUAAUUUAAAAAAUACAUACUAGAUGUAUAUUUGUUUUUAUCUGUAAACUAUUUUGUGCUUAAUAGACUGCGUAGAAUACCUGUAUGUAGACUAAAAUCGACCAACGGGUUCAAGAGAUAUCAGUGUAUGAAGAUUUCUGAAUGAAUUUUUUUUAAAGUUCGAGUAACUUCAAAUUUAGCAUCUUGCGCUCCCCUAUUAUUAUUAUCAAUACUUAAAUUAUUUCGUUAAAAGUGUUUUAUGAAAAUAAUGACAACAGAGGGCUAUAUGAGAACGGUGCGAAAGAAUGAAAAAAAAAUCCAACGACUAAAAACAUAAAUUACAAUUAAAUUUUACACCCGUAAGCUAUACUUUUUCUACACUAUAUCUAAAAGUGUGCUUAAUUUACAAACAGGAGUAAGAUAUAGCGUACAAGUGAAAGGGCUGGCCGCACUAAACUUCAUAAAAGAUUUUACACUUUGGCUUGUGCACAUCGGCAGAUUAUUUAAUUUCGUUAUUCUUGCAUUAGUCCAUUCAAAAUAAAAAAAAUAUCGAACGCGCUCGAGUAAGUUAAGGUCGCGAUUUUUUUUUUUGCAACUUUGUGACCCUGGCACUAGUUUACAUAUCGCUAAAUUCGUCAGAUUAUUGAAAUGGGCACUAUUUAACUAGCCAUUAAUCCAUCGUAUCUUAAUCUGAUACGCUCGAGUAUUUCAAGGUGGCAAGACAAGGACUCACACUCGAUUGAGGUACUAACAGGGUGCAAGGUGACUCCAAAAAUCCCCUCUUAAGACUCCCCAACCAUGGAGCUCUAUACGUAAAAAAAAUUGUACACACAGCUGCAAAAGUGCAUACACACUUAACGAAUGGAAUUCAUUUACAAAGUGGGUGUACUGGGUAUGCACGUCCUAUGCAUGUAUUUAUUAUACCUACGUCCUACAGCUGGGUUUUACGAAACUGAGUAUAUGCAAUCAGCAGCAAGUGGACUAGGCGUACGAAAUUAUCUACGCAUGCUCUUAUUUUUUUAACAGUAGUUGUGUUGCGAUAAUUUUUACCAAACUGACUACUCCAGUACCAAAGUACUGAAUAGUCAAGUUGACAAAACAAAAAGUGGGUUUACCAGGGAGUAUGACAAAAAAGCACAAUGCAAAGAGACGAGGGGUUACCAUAUUGGGGUAUGAAGUAGGCUUGUCUAGUAACUUGAUAAGGAGAUGGCCCAAGAACGAAUUUGAAAUCUUGUAGUUCAAGAAUAGGAGGUUGCCAGCAUCUUAGUUCAUAGUGCAUGAAAUCAUUUUCGUGUAUUUUCCAUGUGUUUGUACAAUAAUAAUAAAAUUAAUUAUAGCACUGUUUGACAUUUAAAAUCACCAGGACAUGCUUGAUUUAAACCACCUCUAAUUAUGUGUAUGAAUUAAAAUAAAUAGAACUGAUGUAAUAUUAA